AGCCAAUAGACAUACCAAGAUUAUUAUUAUUUUUUUAUACAUUAUUUUACUAUACUAGUAUAUAACAGAGAUGCAAAAUUGAAUUUGUUCUCCUCAGACCUCAUCUAAUAGUUCUGAUAUAAAGCUGCCGAUUUCUACCGCCCCAUCUAAAUCUAUCAGACUCACAAACAGUUGUUGGCAGGAACUAGGAGCAAAUAUUUAAUUGUUUAGAAUCCUGAAAUGGAAGCUGAAAGAGUGGUGCAUACAGGAGGCUGCCAUUGUAAGAGUGUAAGGUGGAAAGUGGCUGCUCCUUCCAGUGUGGUGGUAUGGGACUGCAACUGCUCAAACUGCUACAUGAGAGCUAAUGCUCACUUUGUUGUACCUGCUGACAAAUUUGAGCUUUUGGGAGAUUCUGCUGAGUUUAUUACAACUUACACGUUUGGCUCUCACACUGCAAAGCACACAUUCUGUAAAAUAUGUGGAAUAACUUCAUUCUAUUAUCCACGCUCAAACCCAGAUGGGGUUGCAGUUUCAUUCAGGUGUGUUGACUCUGGAACGCUGAGACACGUUGAAAUCAAGCACUUUGAUGGGAAGAAUUGGGAACGCUCAUAUAAUGAGACAAACAUCUCUUCAUGUUCAAAGGAGCAGAAGUGACUCAUCAGGGGUUACAAAUUAGUUGAUAUCAUUUUGUUGCAAGUAAUAAUGAGACAGGCAUCUCUUCAUCCUGAAUGAAGUUUUUAUGUCCCUCAAUACAUUUUGUAGCGCUGCUGCAUGUAUUCUGGCUUUCAUAUAUCAGUUGUAAUGGAAAUAAAAACACUUUGUAGUGCUGUUGCAUAUACUCUGGCUUUCAUGCAUCAGUUGUAAUGGAAAUAAAAAAAAUGUUAAACACAGCAAUUAUGUUAUUUGAA